AUGGCUGCCAGCAAUACUAUGAACUUCGGUCCCGAAUGGAUGAGACGCUUCCCAAAAAGCCCAACAAGCGAAACAACUCGUUCUACCUCACCAACACAAGGUCCAUCCUCAGUUGGCAACAAUGUACAAGCCGCGUCUUCCUCAGGUACAAUCAACUCCAAUCACAUUGUCGUCAAUAACGGCAAUGGGGCAACUGCAAACACGUUUUCUUGGUCUUCGGUGGCUGCUGCUAAUAACAGCACAGUGUCCAAUCGUUCUCCUAACGAUACCUAUGAGAAGUCUGAUACACCAGGCGGAAGCGAGUCGGCUCUCAAUCCAUUUAAAUAUUCCAAGGAUUUCAUGCUUAAACUGUACAAACCUGUUGGAUUACCACUGGAAUUUGAAAGGCAUGAAUAUGUUACAAGCGAAGAACCAUUACCGCCUAUGGCUUUAUUGACACCAACAGAACAGGAACAAAAGCUAUUAUCUGGUACUUCAGUUAACAGUGAGGUUGUCCGUCGUAUCGUUUCUAAUGCGUCAGGGAAUGUGACAACCGGGGGAGAACGUUCUGAGCGAGGGUCUUUCUCUAAGGACAGAAUUAGUGGCUUAACAUCCCCAAGAAGUGAACGAUUUGGUGGCAUAAUUGGGGGUGUAUUAAGCAACAGACCAAGAAGUGGGCGUGAAGGAAGUUUUUCGUCACCAAACAUACGGCGAGAUAGUGAAAAAGAUGAUGAAAGAGGUAGGCGAACUUAUGCUAUCUGGAAAUACUCGCACAAUGAGAAUCUGAAUAAUGGACUCUUGUUAGACAUUCGCGGUGGCCGUACACUAAGACUGGGCAGUACACCUGCCAGUACAACACAAUCUGCGGAAGACCCAAUUUGGCACGGUGUAAGUCGUAGUGCGGUUGGUACGUUUGAUAGCAAUGGAGUGUUUCGAAUUCCUAGCGGCGGUGGAGAAAUUGAAAUUUCAGACAAAGACGGAAAAGAGAACGAACUAUUGGAAAAGAGCAACGACGAGCACUUAGAUAAUGAUAAGAUAGCGGAUUCGACAUCUGUUGCCAGCAAUAAGAUAUCAAGAGAAAGAAGCAUGAGUUCACCUCUAGAAGACAUACAUAAUGGAUCAAAAGCAUAUGGUAUAGGUAAAUCUAUCGUUGAGGAAGAAUCGCAGGCAUCGACAAUACCAACAAUAACAGGAAAGAGUAAUGAGCUGCGACAGGAAGUUCCUCAACAGGAACCCCCAAUAGAACAUUCGCUUGACGGUAUCGCCCAGAAGUCAAUUGAAUCUUCAGUGCGAUAUCAUGUAAACUCACAAGAAAGUCAAUCUAAAACGCAGACUCAGAACAAGACGAAAUUACAGCUUGAUUCUAGUUCAACAACAGCCGCCGAACGUGAUGCUUCAACAGCAGCACCAACAGAUGUUUUUGCAGGAACAGACGAUGAAGUUCUGAAAGAAGUGUUUUAUCCCGGGAUGUCUACAACAUCACCGCCCUUGUCUCCAGGAAUGGCUAAAAAAUAUUCUGCUACUCAACCCCUGAUUGCUGCGAGUUCUGCCUUCGCCGAAGAAGCUUCGUCAAGUUUGUUUCUGAAUGAUCGCAAACCGAUAUCUGGCCAACAACAACGAUGGUUGUACCGUGAUCCUAGUAAUAAAAUUCAAGGACCAUUUACGAGCCAGGACAUGAACGAGUGGUACAAGCAGGGAUUUUUUACGCUAGGCCUAUUAGUAAAGAGAGUAGAAGAUCCGACGUUCGAACCGUUGGGCGUAUUAAUACGUAAAACAGGAAACGAGGAUAAACCUUUUUCAGCAAGUGCACGUCCUCCUUUGACUAUAAACAUGCCUAACAAUGCAGGAAGAAUGUUGACUGGGCCUUUCCCAAGAAACUGGGGAAACGUUCCAAGUUCACCUGGUACUGCUCACGUCUUUAUGGACCAUCAACAGAGAUUUAAUCCCUUUGGCGGGACCGCCUCAGUCCCAAAUACACCUUUUGAUAGGUAUCAGUUUAAUGGCGCAUUUGGGAGCGGAAUAAACGAAGUUUCUAGUGGGUGGGGAGAUUUGAAUACGACGAACGCUGGCUGGGUUCCAGAGCAGCCGACACAGCAACAGCCGCAACCACCAUUACAGCCACCACAGCCAACUCCACAAGUGGUACAGCAGUCUCAAUCUCAACAAUCACACCAGACCCCACUACAUAAUCCACCUUUGUAUGCUGAUAAUUUCUUCCGUCAACAACAGAGUUUUGUAUCAGGGACGGUGACAUCUCCAGUUACUGGAUCCAAUUCGCAUUUUGCAGAGACAAUCUCUAGAACUGCCGGAUGGCAACCGGCGAACGAACAGCCGACCUCUUCGUCAUGGGGGCCGUUAAGCACGGGUUUGUCACUUACACUUACCAAUAAACCAAAUGAAGAUGCAGAAUAUUUCAACCCCAACAAAGGAACACAGUCAUUAUCACAGUCUCCUCCGUCUUUAAUAGAUCAACAGAACCCUAUCGACAAUGAAUCGCAGGCAGUCAAUAACACUUCUGUAAUGAAUGUAGAG